AUAGGUAAGAAAAAACAUGGCGACUUGCGUAGCCAGAGUUUUGUUGCGGACGUCUCACAGGAGUUGUGCCUUUUUAACGGUUUCUGCCCAAAAUAAUUCCACAAACCAAAGACAUUUAGCAACAAAGAAAUUACUGACAGUGGGCAAGCUUGAAUCACCAAAGCAACAAGGCAAAUAUGUCACAGGACAGCUGUUUCUACACAGGAUAUUCGGCUACCGAGGUAUCCUCUUAUUCCCCUGGCUGGCAAGGUUGUAUGACCGAGAUGUAGCAAGCAACAAACAGGGAAGCCCAGCCACCACAGCCGAGAGUGGGGAACACAUACACACAGACAACAAAGAAGUCAAAGGCAAGACGCAUGUGUACUACCAAGUCCUGAUUGACAGCAGGGACUGCCCGUUCAUUCGGGCACAGACGGAAGCCGUCACGUUUCUAGGCAACCAAGACAACAAUAGGUCUCUCUAUGCCAUCCCAGGUCUUGACUAUGUCGCCCAUGAGGACAUACUGCCAUACUCCACAACAGAGAAAAACCCCAUUCAGCACGAGCUAUUUGAUAAAUUCCUGGAACGCAACCCGGGGCAAGACACGCCCUUUGUGCCCAAGGACACGUUGAAAGCCUGGCAGGAGAAGAACCACCCAUGGCUGGAGCUGUCAGACGUACACAGAGAGACAACGGAGAAUGUUCGAGUCACCGUCAUUCCGUUCUACAUGGGGGCAAGGGUUUCACAAGAUUCUAGUGUAUACUGGUGGAGGUACUGCAUACGGCUGGAGAAUCUGGGAGAGGAGACCGUCCAGUUGAGGGAGCGGCACUGGAGAAUAUUCAGCCUGUCGGGAACGCUGGAGACGGUCCGGGGCAGAGGAGUCGUGGGACAGGAGCCUAUUUUGUCCAAGGAGCAACCAGCCUUCCAAUACAGCAGCCAUGUAUCUCUCCAGGCACCGAGCGGACACAUGUGGGGUACAUUCAGAAUAGAGAAGACCAACGGCCAGACGUUUGACUGUCGGAUUCCUCCGUUUACCCUGGAGAGCAAACAGGAGGACCACACCAGCCCCCACGGAUUCUUUGGAUAAAACUUCCAACAAAAUAUCUCCGUUUUAAUGACCUCUUUGAAAAUCUGCAGAUGCUUAGCACGAUUGGUUUUGGCAUGCUACUACGUCUGUUAUAGAAUGGAUUGGGAGGUAAAAGCUCAGCAACCUUUAACAUAGUAAUGAUGCGAGAGUCUUGGUUUGCGUCAGCAGCUUCUAUUCUAUUCCAUUCGGUGCUGACAGGCAGACAUAAUUACAUUGAAUAGACCCAGGGCUCUUUGAAACCACAGUUUGGAGGUUCAAUCUGAAAUUGAUGCCCUCAUAUUGAAGUUAAGCUUGGGGCUGUCCCGAAUAUACCAAAUAUUUGAUCAUCAACCAAAUACUCAAAUAGCUUUUAGCUGAUUUGAAUAUUCAAAAAAAGGGGAAAAA